AUGUGUUGGACCGCAAAAUCUUUUAUCCGAGGGCUGAACUUCAGUGUCAAAUACUGCUCUAAGGACAACCAUCUUCAAACAAUAUGUCUCUAUAGUAAAUUAAAACCAAAAAAAUGCCACAUCCUGGACUGGUCAGGAAGCACACGCAACAGCACUGUGCCACCUGGAAGCAUCCUGCCAUGGAGAUUCUUUUCCUGCAAGCAGGAAGGGACAGAAAUCCCUUGCAAAAGAAAAAAAAUAGCAUCUAUAACAACACCAGAGCUUUUGUACAAGGAUCUUCUGAAGUCAGAGCAGAAAAACUGGAAUGAAAUUUCAGGAAGAUACAAAGCUAUGGCAGAAAGAAUUAAGAAAAAAAUAGAAGAAUUGCACAACGAGUAUACACUCAGUUCGGGAAGCCCACGGAUUAAGGUUGGAGAGAGUGUGUACUUUGAGGAGAAUGGAUGCAUAUUUCUUUCAAAAGCAGAUGCUGUAGAUGAAGGAAAAGUUCACAUUUUAUUCAGUGUUGAAGAUCUUGGCUUUUAUGAUGCCUUUAUUCAACGGAUCAGAAUUUCGCCAGACCAGAGAUACAUGGCUACCAGCUUAAAAAGUGAAAAUUCUGAAGAGGCAACCUGUGUUGUUAUGAAACUUGGUGAUUUCCCUGUCGUGGAAAAAGUCAUUCCAAAUGUAUUUAGUUUUGAAUGGGUUACAAAUGAUGUUUUGUAUUACACAAGUCAGAAGAACCUUAAAUGCCAGAAUGUGUUUAUGACCACUUUCACUAAGCAGAAACAUACUGAGCUGGUUUAUACAGAACAAGAUGCAAGAUUUUUUGUGGACAUAUACUGCACAAAAGAUAGACGUUUUCUCACUAUCAACAGCAACAGCAAGACAACCUCAGAAGUUUGGCUGGUUGACUGUAGACAUCCUUUUAAGUUACCUGUUCUCGUACAAGCACGAACAAAAGGUGUCAUUUACCACAUUGAGCACAGAAACGAUGAGUUGUAUAUUCUCACUACAUAUGGAGAACCUGCAGAAUAUAAGACUGAACAGAAGCAAAAAAACAACUUCUGCCCUGCCUGCUGUGUCUGUGCAGAGCCACUCCUUGUUCCCAAGCUCACUUUCGGCAAACUUUGGAAGGGGAGGCUGGAGAGACAUCAGUUGAUGAAGGCACCAGUAGGUUCCAGUGGCAUGGAGAACUGGCAGCUAGUUUAUGCACCGGAAGAGAAAAGCAAGCUAAUAGACUUGGAGAUGUUCAGUGAUCACUGUAUUUUGUUCCUGCAGAAUGCUGGUCAUCUCUACUUAAAUGUGAUUUCUUUUGUUUCACAUUCAGUUCACUCAAUACAGCUGCCUGCGUGGGCCUGUGCAUUUGAAUUGGAAUCCCAUCCUGAACAUACCACCAGCACUUGCUAUUUUCAGCUCACCUCCCCAGUACACCCCCCUAAGCGUUUUGCAUAUUCAUUUAAAGAAAAUAAUCUCAUUGAACAAGCUGUGCAAGAGGUACCAAUUAUUACCAACUGUCACACUAUACGUUUACUAGCUAAAAGCAAGGAUGAAACUUUGGUGCCAAUUACAGUUUUUCAUAAUAUGAAUUCUAAAGAGCUACACAGGAAACCACUUCUAGUUCAUGUAUAUGGAGCUUAUGGCAUAGAUUUGAACAUGAGCUUUAAAGAAGAGAAGCUGUUGUUAAUUGAAGAGGGUUGGAUAUUAGCAUAUUGCCAUGUUAGGGGUGGAGGAGAGCUAGGCCAUAGCUGGCACAAAGAUGGAUGUCAGCAUAACAAACUCAAAGGUCUCCAUGACCUUAAAGCUUGCAUCAUGCUGCUGCACGAACUAGGAUUUUCUCAGCCAAAAUACACAGCACUAGCAGCUGCCAGUGCUGGAGGAGUUCUUGCAGGAGCCCUGUGCAACAGCGAUCCAGAACUUAUCAGAGCCAUGGUUUUACAGGCUCCUUUCGUAGAUGUUCUAAAUACAAUGAUGAAAACUCAUCUCCCACUGACAAUUGAAGAACAAGAAGAAUGGGGAAAUCCAUUACUAGAUGAAAAAUGUAUGAAGUAUAUCAAAAGCUACUGUCCUUACCACAAUAUUAAGCCACAGCAGUAUUAUCCUUCAGUUUUUAUAACGGCAUAUGAAAACGAUCAGCGAAUACCACUAACAGGAGUUCUACGGUAUGUUCAGAAACUUCGGAAGGCUGCACUAGAUCAUGCCGGCAGAACAAAAAAGAAAGGAAAUUGGAUCCCUAAUAUCAUCUUAGACAUUCAGGCAAAUGGCAGUCAUUGUGACUCAUCUUGGGAGGAUUCACUAAAUGAGGUUGCAAGACAGCUUGCUUUUCUGAAAAAAGAACUUGAGGAUGUGUGAUAUGCCUCCAACAUUACAUCAAGUCCUGCAAAUAGCUGAUAAGCACAUCAACUACCUGAAGAAGUUUGUGUCAGAUUUUUAUUUAUAUGAAAAUGAACACCUUCUCCAGAUGGAUACCUGCUCUGUGAGCAUAAGCAGACCAGAAAUUCAAAGGCAAAGUUGGGCGUGACAUUGCUUUAUAAACAUAUAAACUCAGCUAAAUUUCUCCAAAUGAUACAGAAGUGCCUGCUUUCUUGUACAGUUCUGUUCAUAAGCAAAGCGUACAGCACUAUACAAGUGGAGCAGUAGUGCAAAACAGCUUGUGCUGAAAGCUUAAGGUAUGAAGACAUCCACUUUUUAUGGGCAGCCUUUCCAGUCUAAGACCUCUCUUCCAAGACGAAAUUUUACACAAGGCAGUAAUUCUCCCACACAGUUGUAUUUGAUUAAAAAGUCUCAAUAAGUUCUUCUAAAACUAUAGGUAAUGAUGAUUAUUGCCCUUCCCAGCUACACAGCAGCCAGAGAGUGCUGAUCAUAUAGUGGGGUCAAACAGACUACAAAGAAAAAAUGGACUCUCAAGAACAGGGAUUUAGAAGUAGCAGAACUCUUUCAGCUGAGUAGAUCUGAAAUUUUGCAAUGGCCUUAACUAGCAUGGUAAAGGAGGUGCCAAAGUCCUUCCAGAAGACAACACAAAUGAACACCCCAGAAGGAGAGGCCAGAGUCUCUCCAGAGGAGAGAACAAAAAGAAUGCUCCCAUUGGAGCAGCUUGAUGCAUAGCUUUCAUAAUUUCUGAGCAAGGCAGUCUUGCACAAGAGUGCUACUCAUUGUUUGGUAAGACAGACGCAUUGUACAUUUUCAGAGCUAUUAAGAGCUGAGAGAAGAGGGGAAGAGGUAAACCAUCAGAACAUUAUAUACUACUAAUCUAUCUUGCUUUUACCUGUUUCAACAAAUACAGAGCCAUCCCUGUGUAAAGCUCAUUCUAAAGCUACAGAUGUAAAAAUAACUAAAUAAAAAUGUCAACUGCCACAGGCUC